AUCAAUUUUUUUUAUAACAAAAAUUAUAGAAGUAUAUUAUAAGUGAUUUGAUAGUAAAUUUAUGUCUAGACUACGUUGACACUGGGGCCGAAGUGUUAUGCUAUUGGACUAAAAAAUUAUUCAUUCGGCCUUCAAUUUUAAGAGCUUUUCACUCGUUUUCGUUUAUGUUGUUAAACCACAAUAUUUAAUAUUCUACGUCGGGAUAACUGAAGGAUCCUUAAUCAUAGUUAUUGAAGAGUAAAAUAAGACAAUAUGGCAUUAGUGGAAGGGUUCGGUGAUGAAGUUAUCCAGUUUUUUGGUAUACUGUUCAUUGUUGCACUAAUUGUAUUGCUAUGGAUGUCUACACAAGUGGCUGAAAUGCAAAUAUUCCGUGGUGCUGUUUUCAUUUUAGAAAGACGUACUAGAAGACGACACCAUGAUACAGCAAGAGUUACACCUGUAAUACCUGUUCAGUCCAUAAAUGAACAUCCUACAACUGAAACAGUUCCAGUAAAUCUUGAUGUUCAAACAAAUUCAAGUUUAAAUACUGAUAAUCAACAAAAUAAAAAUGAAAAUUCUACUGAUACAAAAAUUGAUGAUGCUACCAAAACUGAAUCAACGACCAAAUCUAAUGAAUCUAGUCAAAGCCCUUGUGUUAAUGAUGGUACAAGUGAACCUCAAGUGUACGAUGAUUCUAUACGAAUACGACUUAAGUAUUUAAAUGAUAACUGUCGUUUAGUUGAAGGCAGGCUAACUGAGAAUAUUGGCAUUUUCAAAAGGAGACAUUUUAGCACCGAGUUAUCAUCGAAUAAAAUUAUCCGUUUAAUAUUUCAAGGGAAAGUAUUACAUGAUGAUGAAGCAUCACUAGGAAGUUGUGGUCUUCAUGAUAACUGUGUUGUACACUGUUUAAUACAUCAGCCACGUAUUACAGUAACUGGUCAACAAACUCCUGAUCCUGUGGACCAUGAUAAUACUGAGCAACCAUUACCAAACAUGACACGCCAACGUCAACAAGGUCCUGUUCAACGUGAAUGGAACCUGGCAACAUUGUUAUCUGCUUUAAUAACAAUAAUAAUUUCCUUACUUUGGUAUGCAAGAAUCCAGUUUUACACAUUGUUUUCAUAUACCUCUACUGGUACAUUAGGUAUAUUGACUGGCAUUUUUAUGUUUACCGCCUUUCUAACUUAUUUGGUGGACAAUGAAGAGCAACAACAUCAACAGCGACAACAUCCCGGACAUUAAUUUUUUAAAAUUUUAUUUCAGCGUAUCUAACAACAAAGUGCACCAAAAGUGGGUCUCAAUAUUUUGUUUACAAAAUGAUCACAGUAAGGUAUAUGCUUAACUACGUAUAUUUUCAUUUGUAAUGCAAUUUUGUUAAAAAAAAUUAUCAACUUUUAACUAUGUGAAUUAAUUAGUUAUGGAUACAUAUUUUUUAUUGUAUUAGUUUUUUUUU